UAAUGAUUGCUGAUGGAGAAAUGGAAGUGAUGGAAGAAGAAAAACCUGUGAUUGAUCCCAAACAAAAGCCCCAUGAGCACAAACUGAAUGUGAGGCAAACUGCGCAAAUGCUGAUGCGCUUUUUGAAGGGAAUUUCAUCUGAUAAACCUAUUAAUAGGGCAAAGCAACAAGCUAUCACAGAGUUAGGGUUCGGGUCUUUUCUAAACCUUGACAUACCACCAAAUGUAUAUCCAUUCCCGUACGAGUUGCUUUCCCAUUUCAACUCUUCAACCCGGGCCCUAGAUUUACAAAAAUCUUCCUUGCAUAUUACAAUAGGGGACAUAUACCUUGUGUAUGGUAUCCCUAUUGGAGGAGACCAGGUGAUUGAAUUGACAGAUGAAACAGAUCCAUCGGUGAAGAAAGUAUUUUCAGAUUUUUGGAAAUAUUGGGACGUGCAAUCUGGAUGCCCAAAGUUGGUGAAAAUGAUAGAAACAUUGAUCAAAGAAACCACCAAAGUUGAUGAUAACUGGAAGAGAUCUUUCCUCGUGGUUGUUGUUAACACAAUGAUCAAAUCCACUACCAACAUUUCGCCAAACUUCAAAUUCCUUGCUAGCACGGUUAAUCUGAAUCGAGUAAGGAAUCUGAAUUGGUGCCAUUAUGCCUAUACCAGUCUUUUGACGGCAGCUAAAUACUGGAAUGAGGACCGAAGCAGAUGGUUUGCUGGUCCGCUACCAUUUUUAAUGGUAUAUUUUAAACAUUAAGCUACCAUUUUACUUUCAUGUUCUUUUUUCAUCUAACUGACCAAAAAGAUAUGUUGUUUUUCUGAAAUUAGGUGUGUUAUUUUGAUCGAGUGCAAAUUGAAAAAGAAUAUCCUCCAGGGAGCUUCCCCAUCAUUAGAUGCUGGUCAAGACAAAUGAUAAGCAGCAGGGUUAAGCAUGAUAAUGAGUGUGGCUUUGGACAUGGUAUCAUUCUUGACAGAAUCGAAAGCCCACCAGAGCUAAUACAGUAUAGGAGAGAUAUUCUUUUGGAAAAAGAACAAGAAGAACCACCACAAGAAGAACAAGAACAAGAAAAACCACAACCACCACCACCACAACAAGAAGAACCACAACCACCACCACCACAACAAGAAGAACCACAACCACCACCACCAGAACAAGAAGAAGUACCACCACCACCACAACAAGAACAAGAACAACCACAACCACCACCAACAGAACAAGAACAAGUACCACCACCACCACCACUACAACAAAAACAACAACAGCAGCAAAAACAACAACAGGCACAUCAAAGUUCACCGGUGACUGAACUCGGUGAAGAUCAGGAGAUACCAGAGCAACAAACACACUCCAACCCCGAGGAAGUCAAACUACCCUCGACAGUUGAGGAGUUUCAUCAGGAGUUCUUGAAGACCACAGCUGAAUUAAGUGGUGUGAUGAACAAAUUCAACAACCUCUUGUCGUUGUCGAAGAAGUUCUUUGACACGACUGUUGAUGUAAAAGAAACAAUGUCAUUUAAUAUGGCAGAGAUGUGGUCCAAGUGUUCAGAAACACAACUUCCAACCGUGUUUGAUAACGCCAAGAAUGCAUCGAAUGAGGAGAGAAAAGAUUCACAGGAGAUGGGUUCCAUUCUGAGUCAAGACAAAGAGUUUUUCAGCUCGGACUACUUCUCCAUUUUAUUUGAUGAUGCAGUCAAGAAAGCGACUAGAGGGAAGAAAAAAGAAACUGUUAUGGAAAAAGAAACAGAGGAACCUAUGUCAGAGGAGUCUCUAUCAGAGGAAAGUCUACCAGAAUUACCUCAAUUUCUCACACCUCCCACUAUGGACUCUGAAAAUGAUGGGGUUAAUGAUUUGACUUUGAAGCUUGGACUACCGUCCAUUUCAGAAAUUACCCCUACACAUGACUAUGAAGAGGAGAUGAGGAUCCAAGCACUCUUGAUGAACAACUCUUUAACAGAACGUGACCUUCAAACGAUUUCAGGGGAGAAGGAAGAUUAUUCAGAAAAAGAACAGCAGUCUCCACCGAAAACCGAAGUACCUGAGAGUUUGAAGAACAGUGAUGAUGCUUUGAACAAAAGCAGCGAAAAAGGGACACCAAUCCCUAAUCGAGAAGAACAAGAUUUUGAGACCCCAAAAGUUCCUGUAGCGGAUUCCCAGGGUGAUGUGAUUACUCCAUCAGUCUAUCUGAGAGAUGAAGAGGAUGUUCCAACAAAAACACAAAAAGAUGAAGAGGAUGUUCCAACUACAAGUCAAAUCCCUGCCACAAUGAGGAUGAAGAGAAUCAAGAAUGUCCCUAUAGUGUUACGGUCACCGUUUUUAAUUCAGUAUUCACAUUUACUUGAGGCUAGUGACAAACUAAGCCAAGAGGACAAGGAUUUAAAAUGCAUUCUUGAUUAUGCAAUUGGAGAGGGUGAUCCUAGGUGGGGAUGUUUGGGUGGAAAAUAA